ACAGUGUUUAACGUAUCAGAAGGCCAAUACCUUGGCCAGGCCAUGGCCACCAGAAUUUGCCAAAAUGUAAACAAACGUAGAUAAGUUUGGUUAUGAGUGUUAAAAUAUGAAAAACCAAUUCUCUGUUUGAUUUUAAUGGUUUUAAUUGCAUCUAUUUUUUUAUGAUUCCUAAUUGUAUCGUUACAAAUCUUUUUCUGUUGUGCAUUGAAUAAAGGGGGUGAUAAUUUGACCAUCUACAUCUGAAAUUGUUCUAUAUCAUUUAUAAUUGCGAGAAGGUUAUUUUGUUCACAGAGAUUUUUUUAAUUAGCAAAUAUAUUCAUGUUGUUGGCUGACAUGACAUUUAUACAAUUGUCCUCAUCAAAGAAGAAGCCCUUUUCAGACUGCACAUGCAAAUAAAUCUGAAAAAAAGAAAUCACGAUUUUAUAAUCACUCUAUUUCAUACUGUAAUAAUUCUUGUUAAUGCUGUUUGAAACAUCCAUACAGAAAUUACGUUUCGUCAAACUUCCACUUGUUCACACUAAUAAAAAUUUUUAUUCAUGCAGCAUGAGUGAAAAUUUUAAUGCAAAUAAGUGCAAUGAAAUAUAUUAUAUUCACACUAAAGAGAAACAUUCAUGCAGUGACUUUAAUAAAAGAAUCUCACAGAAAGCUAAUUUAGAUGUGCAUUCUCUUGUUCAUAGUGAGAAGAAACCUUAUUCAUGCAGUGUGUCUGAUCAAAGACUCUUGCCGAAUGCUGUUUUAGAUGAACAUUCUUGUGCUAAUAGUGGAGAGAAACUUUAUUCAUGCAGUGUGUGUGAUAAACGUUUCAUGCAUAAAAGAAGCUUAAAAGAUCAUUAUAUUGUUCAUACUGGAGAAAUACCAUAUUCAUGUAGUCUGUGUGAUAAAUCUUUCACAAGGAAGUCUAAUUUAAAUAAACAUGUUCGUUUUCAUUUAGGAGCAAAGCCUUAUUCAUGCACUGUGUGUGAUAAAUCUUAUACACAAAAGUCUACUUUAAUUCAACAUUCUAUUCUUCAUACUGGAGAGAAGCCUUUUUCAUGCUGUGAGUGUGAUAAAUCUUUUAUUAAUAAAGCAAAUUUAAAUCAACACCUUCUAGUUCAUAGUGGAGAGAAACUUCAUUCCUGCAGUUUUUGUGGUAAAAAAUUCUCAAGGAAAACUGAUUUAAAAAAUCACUAUCUUGUGCACACUGGAGAGAAGCCUUUUUCAUGUAAUUUAUGCGAAAAAUCUUUUGCUCGAAAAACUCAAUUAAAUACCCACUCUCUUGUUCAUACUGGUGCGAAACCUUAUACAUGCAGUGUGUGUGACAAAUCUUUUAAGCAGAAGUCUAGCAUAAUUCAACACUCUCUACUUCAUACUGGAGAGAAGCCUUAUUCAUGCAGUGAGUGUGAUAAAACUUUUACAAAUACAGCAAAUUUAAAUCAACACUUUCUUAUUCAUAGCGGAGAGAAACUUUAUUCAUGCUAUUUUUGUGGUAAAAAAUUCUCAAGGAAAACUGAUUUAAAAAACCAUUAUCCUGUUCAUACUGGUGAAAAACCUUAUUCAUGCAAUUUGUGCGAAAAAUCUUUCUAUCGAAAAACUCAAUUGAAUGUACACUCUCUUGUUCAUACUGGUGAGAAACCUUACUCAUGCAAUGUCUGUGGUAAGACGUUUUCAUGGAAGAUUUAUUUGAAUAAACAUUCUCGUGUUCAUACUGGAGAAAAGCCUUAUUCAUGUAAUGUGUGCAAUAAAAGUUUCACACAAAAAUCCAAUUUAAAUACACACUCUCGCAUUCAUUCUAGAUAAAAAAUAAUCAUUUGUGUUAUGUGUAUCAUAAGCUUUUCACACAGAAAUCUAUUUAAAAUUAAAUUUUUCUCUAGUUCAUUUUAUAUUUAAACAUUGUGCAAAAAAGUAAUCACAAAAAGUAAAAAUUUAUUAAAAUAAAACCUAUGUGCAUUUCAAUGUCACAACAUUCAUCAGUUUCAUUUUCAUCAGUUGGAUACAAGAUAAGAAUCAUAAAAUCACAGAUCAAGGAUUGAGUGUAAAUCUUUUCAUUCAAGUGCAGGCCUCUAGAAAGGGGAAAUUAUGCACUUAAAAUGCUUGCUUCAUGAAAGAUCAAAAAUGUAUUUAUACAUACUAUUUUUCUAUUAUAUUGAUUUUCUAAGAGAAGUUCUCCUGUACAGAAAUCCUAGAAACAUAGUGAUUAUUGCUUUUCAUGCUUAGGUUAGUUAUUAUCUAUAUAAAGUUUAAAAAAAAAAAAUUUUUUUUUUUUAGUAGUGCUUAAAAUUAAUGUAAAAAAAUGUGUACAUUUUUAUGAAAAUAGGAAGAUUUGCCUCUUGUUUGUUCCGCCUGCAAACACCUGUGAUUGCUGUUUAUUCAACAUUUUUUUUUAAAGUUGAUAUUUUUUAUAUGAAACAAAGAAAAUUUUACUUAUAAAAUGUAUGUUUUUAAUAUAGUUAUAUGCAAUUAUUUUGUUGUUAAUAUGUAAUUGUGACGAAAUAAAAGAUUACAUGGAUUUGAAAAAUAAUGAACUGUAUUUAGAAUUUUUUUUAAACUUAUAAGGAAUGGAGCACAGCAAACAUCAAUAUUAGUCACUAAUUGCCAUGAAUCAGGGCCUCAUAAAUUUUUUUAUAAAGCUCUACUUCUGUAAAUUUUUUAUCUUUCUCUGUGCCUUUCAUUAAAUAGCAACUAAAUUAAGAACUGUAUUUUAUUAUCUGUUUUAGUGGUUCUGUUUACACACUAUAGGAAAUCAAAUACUUAAAUAAAUAUAUGUAUCAAAUGCACGAGAAAGUGUGACCCAUAAUUUUUCAUCAUUAAAAUAAAAAGCAUGUUGACAGAUUUAUGUAGGUAAAAUUAAACCAAACUUGAAAUUUUAUUAUUAACGGAAGGAGGAAUUGAAACUCUAAGUGUCAAAUUACAUAGCUACGUUUCCUUGAUGCAAGUGUUUAGUCAGUCCUAAAAUUCUUGAUAUUUUAGAUAUAAUUCCUUGUAUGUUCUUUGGUUUGCUUAUCAAUAUUUAGAUUUAUUAUAAAUUUGUAUAUUAAUAGAUGGGUAAAGAAUUUAUUUUCUGUGCAAUACAUGGCUCAAUAUCACAGGUCAUUCUUUAUAUAUUUUCAUUCAAGAUGAAUUUUUUUUCCUAUUUUCUCUAUGUUUUAUCUACCAGCAUUCAGAAAUUGUUAUAACAUUUAAAAUGAAACUUUAUUUCAGGUGGAAUUAUGUUUUUCUAUAUAUUUAAUAAUGUUUUUAACUUGGAGUUUUUAGAUUACAUUGUGUAGUUAAUUUUUAAAAAUGUUAUUUUUGAUGUUCAUUUAUUUAAAAAAUCUAAAAGUAAUAAAAUUGAAGAAUAUUUUACAUAGUAUUUAUUUUUUGUAAUAAAAUGUAUUGACUAAAUAGUAAGUCUCUAUUUUAGUGUUAAUUUGUUUUUGGAAUUGCUUUUUUUCCCCAUUGUAUUGUAAAUCGAAAGAGGCUUCUGCUACCCUUGAAAAUAUAUAAAUGAAAAAGAUUAAUAAAUGCAAGGUUCAAGAUAUAUGAGAUCAGAUUUAAAACUAUUAUAUUGAUUUCAGCUCUGAGUGAGAAGAAUAUAGAGGCAAAUUAAUUAAAUUGAAAAUGAAAUAUUUAUUUUCCAAUGAUCUAUUAAAGGAAAUUCUUUUUAGAAAUUAAAAGAAUACACAGUUGCUGAAAUCAAAUUUUUACUUUCUUUCCAAAUCAGUUGUAACUUAUUAGUAUGUAGCAUUAUUCAUUAUAAUGAAAAGUGACAAAAACUUAUUGUAAAUAUUCUAUUUUAUUUAUUUAUUUACAGGAAUACAAUUAUUUCAUAUUGUUUGUUGUUAAUCUAAUGUUAUGCUAAAGUUUUGCAAUGUUAUUUACUAAUUUUUUUAAAAUUUCUUUUACUUAAAAGUAAUAAACAUAUCAUUCAGUAAGA